GAGGUAGAGGAGGGAUCUGGAGAGAUCACGAGAGGCGGACUUGCGGAGAAGGAAGGCUUUGACGCGGCGUAAAGAGACGCGGAUUUAGACGCGGUGCAAACGAGCAGUGAUGAAGGCAGCGGGCUUGUCCGCGGCGGCGCUCGCGCUGCUGAUGGUGACGGUGCUUUCGGUGCCGGGCGCGCGCGCGGCUGCGUCGCCGGUGGUGAUGGACGGCGGAGACAUCUCGUUCGAGUAUCACCGCUACGAGGAGAUGCGCAAAGCUCUGGUGUCCGUGUGGCUGCAGUGUCCGUCCAUCGCGCGCAUCUACACCGUGGGAGAAAGCUUCGAGGGCCGCGAGCUGCUCGUGCUGGAGAUGAGCGACAACCCGGGCGACCACGAGCCUGGUGAGCCUGAAUUUAAGUACAUUGGGAACAUGCAUGGCAAUGAAGCGGUCGGCAGGGAGCUGUUGAUCUAUCUGGCUCAGUAUCUGUGUAAUGAGUAUCAGCAGGGCAACGACACCAUCGUCAACCUGAUCCACUCCACCCGCAUCCACAUCAUGCCCUCCAUGAACCCCGACGGCUUUGAGAAAGCCGCCUCACAGUCUGGAGAAAUGAAGGACUGGUUCGUGGGACGUAGCAACGCUCAGGGUAUCGAUCUGAACCGGAACUUUCCGGACCUGGACCGUAUCGUCUACAUGAACGAGAGAGACGGAGGAGCGAACAACCACCUGCUGAAAAACAUGAAGAAGGCCGUAGAUGAAAACGCUAAGCUCGCUCCUGAGACGAAGGCAGUAAUUCACUGGAUUAUGGACAUCCCAUUUGUCCUGUCAGCCAACCUCCAUGGAGGAGAUGUGGUGGCCAAUUAUCCAUACGACGAAACCCGAAGUGGAUCUACUCACGAGUACAGCGCCAGCCCUGAUGACCUGGUGUUUAAGACCUUGGCGAAGGCAUACUCCAGCUACAACCCGGUGAUGUCAGACCCUAAUCGAGCACCGUGCCGCAAAAAUGAUGAUGACUCCAGUUUCAAAGAGGGCAUCACCAAUGGAGGGGCCUGGUACAGCGUGCCUGGAGGUAUGCAGGACUUCAACUACCUGAGCAGUAACUGUUUUGAGAUCACGCUGGAGUUGAGCUGCGACAAGUUCCCACUGGAGAACACGCUCAAAAUGUACUGGGACCAGAACCGCAACUCCCUCAUCAACUAUAUCGCACAGGUUCAUCGUGGCGUGACGGGUUUCGUGCGUGAUCUUCAGGGAAAUCCCAUCUCCAACGCCUCCAUUUCCGUGGAGGGCAUCGACCAUGACAUUACCUCAGCUAAGGACGGUGAUUAUUGGCGCCUAUUGGAUGCUGGUAACUACAAAGUUUCAGCCUCAGCUCCUGGAUAUCUUACCGUGACCAAAAAAGUGGCUGUUCCACACAGCCCUGCUGUUCGGCUCGAUUUCGAGUUGGAGUCCUUGGAGGAACGGAAGGAGGAAGAGAAGGAGGAGCUUAUGGAUUGGUGGAAGAUGAUGUCAGAGACGCUGAACUUCUAGGUCGUGGUUCCGAAACGCUGAUUUGACUGAGCAUCCUGGGUGUAAAAUAUUUAAUCGAUGUUGUAUGUGUGCUCAUUUACAUUCUAGUAGCUUCUUUUUUUUUUAGGGGCACUACACGUGGACUCGAAUGCUUAACUUAGCGACACGACCUCGGGUUCUUCAGUAUAGGAGGAAGGACGAAAACUGCCGUUUAGUGCAGUUUCACUAAUCACAGCGUCCUCAUGUCGUGCUCUGCCAUUCACGUAUCGAUGGUUUCUUUUCUGCAAAUAUUGAUGUGCAUUUAGCGGAUAGGUGUCGUUUGCAAGAAUAUGCUAACUGUCAGCUGCCCGUGUGCGCGUACAAGGGGCGCUUGAAAGUUUGUGAACCCUGUAGAAUUGUCUGCAUUUCUGCGUAAAUACGACCGAAAACAUCGUCAGAUUUUCACACGGGUGCUAAAAGUAGGCGGAGAGAACCCGAUCAAACAAACGGGGCGAAAAUAUUAUACUCGGUUAUUCAUUCAUCCUGGUCCUCAGAAAUCUCCUUGAUUUCAAACAAUACACUUCCACGGGACUUUGAAUAAAUAAAAACUUUUCUAUAAAAACUAAACCGCUCACGCACACCUGAUCGCCAUCCCAUGGACAUACUUUUACCGCUUACAGAUAUGCAUCACUGGAUCAUUUUCUUGUGAUCGAGUGUAAUAUUUUCGCCUCGUUUGUUUAAUCGGGUUCUCUUUAUCUACUCUUAGGACUGGUGUGAAAAUCUGAUGAUGUUGUAGGCCAUAUUUACGCAGAAAUGUAGACAGUGUAACUUUCAAGCACCACUGUACCGUGUGUGUGUGUGUGGGUGUGUGUGUGCGUCCACGCAUAUACACACACGGGUAGUGAAUAAUACAAAUGGUGUACUCUAUCUUUCCUUUUCAACACUGUUCUCGUGAGAUCCUUUUAUCACCAACCAACCAGGAAGCACUGUGUUGUGAAUGAAUGUACGUAUGUGUCAAAUAUGAAAUAUAUUGAUGACGAUGACUAAUUAAGACCGACGCCGACGUCCUAUUAAGACGACUCUGCAUCCUAUUUAUGCUUUCCAUCUCUUCUGUUGAAACAUUGUUCUGUGAAUGUUUUUUUGUUUUUUUGUUAUUGUUGUUGUUGUUGUCGUUAUUGCUAUUUUAAAAGGAGUUUAAAAGCACCAGUAAACCUGUCUAGUUUUAUGACAUCAAAUAUUUAAAUGAAUUCUGCGGAAUGCUUAGUGCACUCUUUUUAUUAUUAGAUCGAUAUAUGAAAUAAUUCUAUUAGAGCUAUAAACUGAUACGAUGUACUUUUGAAUUUAACGGAACAGACAGCGAUGGCACAAAUGUGACGAUUUUGUAAACGAUACCAAAAUGCACGAGUGUGACUCGGAUAACAGUCGACGGUCUUUAUUUAAUAAACACUGUAACUCUUG